AUGUCAAACUGUACGGUGGAGUCCUGCACAUUUGAGACCGGCGAUGGAGUCAAGCUCAGCACUCAGCUCUUCAAACCCAGAGAAGAAAAAGAUAUCAAGGAGGGCAGCCCUGUGGUGGUUAUGAUGCACCCAUACUCCAUCCAUGGCGUCUGCCAAGGCCUGUUGAGAGGAAUAGCAGCUGGGUUGGCAGACAAAGGUUAUAAAGCUUUAAGCUUUGACAUGAGAGGGGUUGAAAUGUCAACAGAGAGGGUUUCUCUCACUGGGUUUGCAGAAAUUAAGGAUGUGAUUUCUGUGUGCAAAUGGGUUUGCGAGUAUCAAUCAGCUAACAUGAUUUUAUUGGUGGGUUCUUCCGCAGACUGGACUCCAUCUCCUCUACCAUCCAUGGCAUUUGCAAGCUCUCUCGAAGCGAUCUCAUCCCUCAAUUUCUCCUACUCAGAGCAAUAG